GUGAAAGCUCGGACAGUCAACACGCAUUCGCCAAACUUCGCAGUUUGCAACCGAAGACAUCAUCGUUGUCUUCUUGUGAACUUGCAGCGUUCAGACGACGGCCGCUCGUUAGGUGUCUUAUUUGAAACGCAUACUCUGUUGCCCGCGAGGUCGCCUACGGACCGCGAACUGAAGCCAAAAUGAGCUCACCCAAGGACGAGGGAAAGCCGCACGACGAAACUCGUGACAAUGUCGAUGGCGAGAACGAGGAGAAGCGCGUGGCGGAAAUGGAGGCCGAGGCAGCGAAGCUGAGGGAGAUGCAGGCGUCGCUCGACCAGGCUCGUCAGGACCUGACCGAAGACAAGGAGGAUGUCGACAACCGGAGCAUAUUCGUUGGCAAUGUUGACUACUCCACGUCCCCAGAGGAGCUUCAAGCGCACUUCCAGAGUUGCGGAUCCAUCAACCGCGUCACCAUCCUUCUGGACAAGUUUACCGGCCAGCCCAAGGGAUACGCAUACGUAGAAUUUAGCGAACCUCAGCUCGUCGCGCAAGCUCUCGUCCUUAACGAUUCCGUUUUCAAGGGACGCAACAUCAAGGUGGAACCGAAGCGAACGAACAUUCCGGGCAUGUCGCGCGGACGCGGUAGGGGUGGGUUCCGGGGCGGCGGCCGUGGUUUCUACGGAGGGAGAGGCGGCUACUACCCUAGAGGAGGAUACCGUGGAGGCUAUAGGGGGCGUGGUCGCGGGUUUGCACCGUAUUAACCCGGGAACGUAUCCAGGCGUGCAAGGGCUGGGUGGGGUUCUACUUGAUUCCAUGACGGCAAGAGCCUCCCGGGCUGAAUGAGAAGGAACCGGGCAAGGUGGCACUUUUCUCUUUUUACUACGGGUAUUAUCAUUUCCUUUCUCCUCUCUCUUUCUUUUUUUCCUGCUUCGGCAAGGCGUCAUGGAAUUGGGCAAAGGAACGGAAGGUCAAACUCAACACGUCGCUCGAGUCUUCAUAACCUGGCAGAGUCUGGAAAUUCCUCUCGGUACCCACGCGAAAGAGACAACCUAGGUACCAGAG